AUGGCGACACGCUGCGAGUUGGCAUCCUCGGCGGGGGAGCGGAUGACAACGCGACCGUCCGGUGGAUCUGGCCGGCUGGCUCUCGGGCGCGAUGGCGCUCCGAGUCCCUGGGCCCACGGCCCCCGCGCCUGGCGCUGGAGGACAUCACGGAUGCCUUCAAGGAUCAGGGAGCUCCUCAAACCGCCACAGCUGAAUGCCGUGAAGACAGACUCCACAUCUUACAAGGAGCUGCCCGAGUUCCUCGAGCUCCAACUCUCCGCUCCUUCGGAGCAACUCCCGUGGCCGGCGCCACCCCCCCAGGUGGAUUUGCUCCUGGUGCCGCCGGCCUUCGAUCGAUUUCAGCGGCUGCUGCCGCAGCUGGCGCAGCUCGGGCUCGGCCGCAUCUACCUCUGCAAAGUCCCAGGGGGGCCACGGGUCUUUGGCUGCCACCUGCUGCGCAGCCCGGAGCUGCUGCGGGCAGAGCUGUUAAAAGGCUUAGAGCAGUGCGGCGACACGCAGGUGCCUGAAGUCCUCCAAUGUAACCUCCGCAGUUGUCUCGAGGAGCUCGCUGACGACUCUCUGCGCUUGAUGGCCGAACGGGGGCCGUCCGCGCCGCUACCGCUGCCGCCAACCCUGGGUCGCUGCAUCCUGGCCGUGGGCCCGGAGGCGGGCUGGCGCGAAGAAGAGGAGGCGCUGCUGAAAGAGGCGGGCUUCCAGGGGCUUUGUCUUGGGGUGCGACCGCUGACCACAGAGCUCCAGGUUUUCGCCGGCGUGGCGCUGGCGGACGCUGUGAU